UUAGCUACUAGCUGCUUAGGAGAACUCUCAGUCUGGCAUCACGUAACAGAGAGAGCUCAGGGAAUAAAGUAGAUAGAAAAUGAUCCCCAUAAUUCAAAUAAUUUUAGGUCUCAUCACUUUUUAUUUUGUCUGGAAUUUUCUGAGUGUUCAAAGGGCCCGAAGCAAACUUCCUCCUGGACCAGCACCGCUCCCUUUAAUUGGCAACCUGUGGACAAUACGUUUUCAGGUUCACCAUGAAACUCUGCUUAAGAUGGCUAGAAGGCAUGGAAAUAUGUACACUCUGUGGCUGGGACAAACACCCGUAAUUGUGCUGAAUGGAUUCCAAGCAGUGAAGGAUGCCUUGAUCAGCCACUCAGAUGACUUUGUAGAGCGACCCAUCACACCCUUCCUUAGGGAUGUGAUAGGCGGCCCUCAAGGCAUCAUUUUUGCUAAUGGCCACACCUGGAAACAGCAGAGACGGUUCAGCCUGAUGACGUUACGGAACCUAGGAUUAGGGAAGAAAACCCUAGAAGAAUGGAUUCAGGGACAAGCUCAGCUCCUGGUACAGACCUUUGCCAGAGAGAAAGGGAGACCUAUGGACCCUUCAGUCUCCAUCCUUUCUUCCAUCAACAACGUGAUUGCUGCUGUGCUUUUUGGGCACUGCUUCUCCUCGGAGGAUGAAAGCUUCCAGCAACUCUUCAAGGGAUCUCAGGCCAUGGCAGAAUUCGAAGGCACCAUCUGGCCUCGACUUUAUGAUGCUUUCCCAACAUUGAUGAAGCAUCUAAGUCCUGUGUUCAUGAGAUCACUGCUGGCACUAACCCACAUGCAGGAUCUACGUAGACUUGUAAAGGAUGAGAUCAAGUCUCACCAGAACAGCUGGGUGCCUGAAAAGCCACAGGAUUUCAUUGACUCAUAUCUCUCUCAGAUGUGGAAAACCAAGGAUAACCCAACAUCUACAUUUAAAGAGAACAACAUGAUCCAAGUGAUUACUGAUCUCUUCAUAGCAGGUUCAGACACCACCACAAUCUCUUUAUUGUGGGCUAUCCUUUACAUGAUGGCACACCCAGAAAUACAAGAACGAGUCCAAGAAGAACUGGACGCUAUUAUUGGUUCAUCUCAUGAAAUUCGAUAUGAGGACCGAAUGAUCCUCCCCUACACAAAUGCAGUUUUACAUGAAGUUCUGCGGUAUAGCAGCAUAAGUGCAAUAGGGGUUAUACGAAAGUGUACCAAGGAUACAACUGUGCAGGGCUUUCCGGUUAGUAAGGGCACUUUAAUUUUUCCCAACUUAUUUUCCGUUCUGUAUGAUCCUGACCAUUGGGAGACCCCUCAAGAGUUCAACCCAAGUCACUUCCUGGACAAAGACGGAAACUUUUUGAACAAAGAAGCCUUUUUGCCAUUUUCAGCAGGACACCGUGUCUGUCUGGGGGAACAGUUGGCAAAAACAAGUCUCUUUAUCAUGUUCUCCAAUCUCCUGAGAGCAUUCACCUUUCGGCUGCCGGAAGGAGUGAAGGAAAUCAACGAGAAGCCUAUCGUAGGGGUCAUCCUGCAGCCCGAACCCUAUAAAAUGUGUGCUGUUCCUCGUUAAGUUUCUCUCUUCCCAGACACCUGCUGGGAAGUUGUUUUUGGAUUCUUGAAUAGCAUCCUUGGCAUUUGGGAACCACUGCUUUGCAAACCCUUUGUCUCUUAACAUGCUACCGUUGUUGUCUGACAAACAA